AUGGUCCAGAACUUUGACAUUAGUGAUAGGACUCGGACUGAGUUGAAAUCGCGUUCAGGAGGGGGAGAAAAAACUGCGGAUGGAUCAGUGUCAGUCGGAUCUAGUGAUUCGGAGGCUUCGUCAGAUCUUGAGUAUUCUGAGAAAGAACAGGUUAAUAGACUCGACAAUCUUCAGAUUGAAUUUUCCUUGAUUUAUGACUUCGCAAUUUUUGCAUGUACUUAUUAUCUACAUCUGUCUCUGGGCAAGAAGUUUUACGUGAUGAGGUACUAUCAAGUUGACACAGCUACUUAUGGCCGUGGAUUGGAGGAUGGUUAUUUAAUGAUAACUAUGAUUGUGAAUCUCAUGCUCGUGCGCAGCUUUAUGAUACGAUUUGUAUUUUCACAGCUGGCUAAUCUGCUGGGAAUUCAUAAGUACAAAGCUGUUCAGAGGUUCAAAGAACAGGGUUGGUCUCUUACUUACUAUUCUUGCUCUUGGUGCUUUGGCUUUUAUCUUUACUGGAAAUCUGACUACUUCCUGAAUAUGCGCAACGUAUUUGCAGGCUGGCCUGACCAGAAUCUUUCGUACGGGUUCAAGUUUUUCUACCUAAUCGAGACCAGCUGCUAUAUUCAACAGAUGAUCGUCUUACACAUUGAGGAAAAACGGAAAGAUUACUUGGAGAUGUUCUUUCAUCAUAUCAUAACCUCAAUACUUUGUUUGGAGUCUUAUCGCACUUGCUUCACACGAGUGGGCCACGUGAUCCUACUCUUAAUGGACAUCGGUGAUGUGUUUCUUUCUCUAGCCAAAGUUCUCAAAUACUGUGGUUUCGGACGUAUCUGCGAUGUUGUCUUCAUAUUAUUCAUGAUAAUUUGGAUUGUCCUUCGCCAUGGUGUUUACAACUACGUUGUCUACUAUAUCUAUUCUUCUGCUUUAGGAGUUAUGGAGAAUGAUUGCUCCAAGUUUUCUCCAGGUUCUAAUGAAAUCUGUUGCACUCAAGGUAAACUCAAUUCAUUUGUUGUAUUGCUAACAGGUCUACAGAUCAUCACAUGUCUUUGGUUAUAUAUGAUCUUCAGGGUUGCUAUCAAAGUCAUUAGAGGUGCUCCUGCUGAGGAUGUUAGAAGUGACGACGAGCAGGUAAUUUAA